AUGAAGGAAUGCCGCCGCAGAGUGUUGUUCGCAUACGCAACCCUGGAGGGCGAGGGCGACUCACCAGAAAAGGAGGCAGCAGAUUUGGAUCGGAAGCAGAAAAGGUUCGCUUUGAAGCUGGUCAAUUGCCUACAUGGCGAAGCGUGGAAGACUGUGGAGCCUUUGGUCCUGGAGCCCGCGAAGUUGAAGAAAGUAGAUGGUUACAAAGAGAUUUUUGCAGCACUGCAGCAGAUUGAGAAGGAGGGCAUCAUCCGCAAGACAGAAGCAUUUGAUCAUUUCUUCGAACACGCCGUUCGAAGACGAGGCGAGCCAAUUGAUCAAUACCUCCGGAAGAAGUUGCAGGCAUGGCAGGAUCUCUGUGACUUGGAUGAGACUUCGGCCAUGAGUGAGGAUCUUUUGAGCUACUUCCUGCUCAAGGGCUGCCAUUUAUCCUGUGAAGAUCGUCGAUCUAUUUUGCUGGCAAAUAAGAACGCUUAUGAGAGAAAGGGGAUUGAGCAGUCACUUCGUGUUUCCUUCCACAACCUGCAUGAGCGUGAGAAGACUUCCUGGAGACCAGAAGCUCGACGACAACCCGGACAAUUUCCUCGGCGUGGAUAUGCAGUUCAGGAUGAAGAUGUGGCAGAACCCGAGGAGGCUUUCUACGGUGAGUACGAUGAGUACGGCGAGGAGAAUGGCGAGCACGAGGGAGAAGACUGGGAAGAAGAGGCAAUGCAGGUGCAGGAGGAGGAUCAUUACGAGGAGAAGUCCAAUUGUGGAGCUUCCCAAGAUGGUGACGUCGGGGAGGCCUACGCGGUGAUGAACAAGAACCGCUCGAGUUAUCAAGAGGCACGCCGAAAGCUCCGUGACGUUCAGAAGUCCUGCGGCUUCUACAAGGCUUCUGGUGGCGGAGAUGAACGGCGGCAACUCAUCGAGCGGGAGAAGUCCAAGAGCAGGGCCCGAGUAAGUCCGCCUACUCUGGAGGACUUGGAUGAAGACGAGGCGGAGUUGGUGUGGACAGAGGCCUACUGCAUGAUGGUUCACACCACGGAGGACGACGAUGAGAAGGGUGGCAUGGAUCAGGACGCUGGCUGCACCGAGCUGGAUGACCGCCGGAAGAAGCCCGACACCUACAAAGAAAUUUUGUGCGCACACCGCGCGCUUCGCGUAAAGGCUGUCAGCGCCGCGUAA